GGAUCUGCCAAAUACACAUGAAGAUUCAUCGAAAAUUGGCCGUUUCAAGUCCAGCAUGGCACGCCUUGGCAAAUGUAGGGCUUAACAGUAAACUUCGAGAAGAUGCGAACACCGAAGAUAUUUCAAAUCUUCACAUUCUUGAAUCACAAUGUCUCUUGCCGUCGUUCUGGGACUGCAAAUUCUGUCACUGGGCGCAUGCGUUCAUGCAACUGCGGUGUUCGCUCAUUUCAUGGUGCAGAACUCGUACUCUUACGGUCCAUCGGAUUGGGCUGCAGAUAUUGCGGCGGCACAGGCCAUUGGCAUUGAUGGAUUCGCCCUCAACACGGCUGUUGACACCUAUGAAACUACCAAGUAUCCCGACGCCUUCGCUGCAGCCGAAGCCGCUAACUUUCAAAUGUUCAUAUCAUUUGAUAUGACUUAUGACUGGGCAGAAGCUGAUAUGGUGUCACUGGUGCAAACCUACGCCAGCAGCUCAAGUUACUACAAGUGGAACGGCAACCCGUUAGUGAGCACCUUCGAUGGUGACGCUCAAGACAACGAUUUCUGGGCAGGUUUCAAGACUGAUCUUGGCAACGCGGGCAUAACAAUUUCUCUUGCACCAGCCUUCAUCGACUAUAGGGAUCCGUCCGAAGCGACGACAGUGUUCUCCACUUACCCUUCGAUUGAUGGAUUUUUUAACUGGUGGUCAUGGCCAGCUGAUGUCGCCGCCGACCUUACCACUGCGACCGAUCUUGCUUACCAGGCUGGUAUCUCAACAGCUGGUAGAAGUGGCCCUUACAUUAUGGCCGUUUCUCCCUGGCAGUUCAAGGAGCUCGGGGGCACGAACGAUUGGGUUGAGCAAAGCGACGAGCUGUGGAAAUAUCGAUGGGAACAGGCAAUCUCGGAUGUCAAACCUGAUAUAGUUGAGAUAAUUACCUGGAAUGAUUACGGUGAAAGUCACUACAUCAGCGAUAUCAAUCCUAUCGUUAACCUCGGAGAUUUGGCCCCGUUGUAUGUUAACGGCUUCGACCAUGGAGCAUGGAGAACUAUGGCACAGUAUUAUAUUUCAUGGUACAAAAAUGGAGUUGCCCCUGCUAUAAAUGAUCAAGUCGUUUACUGGUAUCGUGCCUAUCCCAAAGCUAUCACCUGCAGCGAAGGUGAUCUUCCCAGGAACUCGGCUUACCCUGCUGACGCAGUGUUCGCAUUUUCGAUGCUGACAUCCCCUGCCACAAUUACUCUUACGGUUGGAGAUAGCACUGCAUCUUUUGAUGCCUCCGCUGGAGUGGCAAUUGGAUCAGUUCCGUUUUCUACGCAGGAUGCACAAACACCUGUAAUUUCAAUCGUGAGGGAUGGUAUAACUGUGAAGAGUGGAGCUGGAGCAAAAGCUAUAAGUACAAGCUCUUGUCCUUACUACAACUUCAAUCCUCUUGUCGGUAUUGUUCAGUGAGAUAGUAAUAUACAUUGACUAGCGCACGUAUGUACAUAGCCAAAUCUGUCUUGUCACGUCAUCAUCGCAUCGUCAUCGUCAUCCAAAUCGUGCAUCGUUUAUGAUCUUUUCCGCUGGUCUCAAUUGCACUUCUCCUGCCCUCCUCGCCAUACCGUGCACUUCCUUUAUUGUCC